CCAGCUGCCGUAAAGACCCAAAGAAGAAGAAGAAGAAUGCGGGUGGGAUGAUUUGCAUGGGAUUCUGCAUAAAAAGAGAACUCGGAAACGGGACGCGCUAUUUACUCCUCAAAUAAGGGACGGGAGGCAACGCUAGGCUUAGAGCGCUUCUAAGAUCGCGUGAGACUGAAUUCGCGUGCGCUCCUGAAUCUGAAGAGCUCCGUCAGUCCCAGAGGAGACCUGCUGGAUCUCAGAGACCAGGACCAAGAGCGGGAUGGAGGAGGACAACCAGGACCCGGAGCCCCGGAGCAACAACGUCCCCGGAGGACAAACAGCAGGCUCGAGCUCUGAUAGCACCGAUGUUCAGAAACGGAGAGGAAGAGAUGGACUCAAACGUCACAGCUGUCAGCACUGUGACAAAUCCUUCACAACAUUGAGAUAUUUAAAGAUUCAUCAGAGACUUCACACUGGAGAGAAACUGCACAGCUGUGACCAGUGUGGGAAAACUUUCACUACGUCAAGUCACUUAAACGUCCACAUACGGAUUCACACUGGGGAGAAACCGUACAGCUGUAACCAUUGUGGAAAAGCUUUCAUUAAAUCAGGAUGUGGUUUUGAAUCUGUUGAGGUUUGUUCAGACUGAAAGCAAAGCCAACUGAAGUCAAAGCAACGAGUCACAGAUUCGUUAAAGACGGCGCCAGCUGAGGUACAGACGUGUCUGCUCAAGUCUGAAAUGUUUCAGCUUAAAUGAAAAAUCCAGCUUUGUCUUUGACGAAUGAACAGACAGAAGAAAAACAGAAACUGGAGGAAAGAGACUAAAGAAGUGGAGUUUCUUCUGAGUUCUGAGAUCAACGUCUGCUCCAUGGUUCCUUGUUCCUCAACGCAUCCAGUAUAAACUCCUUUUUCUUAAUCACAGAGCCACUUUAGUUCUUUAGUUCAUUGAUACAGUAAUUCAUCAUAGUUCAAAUAAAGUUAUAAAGGUUAUAAAAUGGAAUAAUUUCAUUUGCUGUAUGAGGAAUUAAAAACCAGUUACUGACCACAAGCUGAAAGUAAUGCUAUGCACAAGUGUGAAUUACAAGCGUCACAAAGAAGUGUCAUAAAGAAAAACACAGGAAGCAUAAACAAGAGAGAAUUCUUGCUAGUGCAAUGUAAAAGAAAGAAAAUGCUAUUUCUUUGUUAAUGUAAUGUUGCACAGUUGUUCAGUAAAUGCUGACACGUUCAA